AUGGGGAGACUGGGCAUGGCUCCGCAAGACACCAUGUCGUCAACAGCACUACGGAUAAUAGAGAUGGUAACUGAUGGUGAUUAUAACAUGAUUUGGCUCGUCCUCGGACGAAUGACAAAAUUCAUAGAAUCUAUAGAAGGAAGUUCCCAGAGGCCGCUUUCCGUCUGGGUACCUGACUGGAAGCUUUCGCAAACUGUAAUCACGUGGUUCUGCACAAAGAGCAGAGAAUUAAAAGAAAACUUAGCAGAUACUUGUUUAGAAUUACAAGCUCGCCGAGAUGGAAACAAAAUAAUUAUUUAUUUGGAUGCCACUUGUGCCAUAGAUGAACCACAAGAAGCAACUUAUCUAAACUUACUUGAAAUUCCUGCUGAUACCAAAGACAUUAAAUACUUUGAUUACUUUAUUGGCUGA